AUUCUACGUCUGUUUGCAGAAGUAGAAUUCCAGCGAUGUCGCUGACGUGCAAACUGUGUGAAUCAGUGACAGACCGCGAUUCCGUGUUGCUCAGUGUUCGACUUCCUCUGACCCGAGAUCAACUCUGCUCCCUUCUCACUUCCACACUGUCAGACAUCGACUUCGUGAUAUGCUCGUCCGACGAACGCGUGUGCAGUAGCUGCUACAACCUGUUCCUGUCUCUCGACGAAUUCAAGCACAGAGUCUCCUCGUGCGAAGCCGCCAUUUGCAGCGUGUACCAGCAACGCAAUACCGCCAAUGACGAUGACGACGAUGCGGCCGUGAAAAUCGAGUGCGAAGUGGAUCUCCGCGAGGACGAUGACGAAGAAGACGUCAAGAAGCCGGUGAAACGAACGCGAGCACCCCGUAAACAGAAAACCACCGCCCCUGUCAAGUCCCCGGCGAAAGGAAAAGAAGCUCAUGUAGUUUCUAAACGCGGGAAACGGAAGCCGGCGACGGAACAACAACAACCCCCCGCGGUUGCGGGUGCCAAGCGGAAACGAGCCCCGCGAACCCGAGACCGGACCCAAAAAUUCGAUCCCACUCUCGUGGGCCCGCAGAUUUGCGAAGAAUGUGGGAUUCAAGUGGCUACAGUGAAAGUGCUUCGAUUGCAUUGGAGAACCGUGCACGGGGACAUGGGCCAGAGUCAGUGUGACGUGUGCAAUGUCGAGUUUCAUUCCAAGGUGCUGCUGGAGACGCACAAGCGAAGGGAACACAGUGUGGAGGAAGGGGACUUUGUGUGUGAAGAGUGCGGGAAGGCGUUCAAUGAUGAGCACGGGUUGAGCAUUCAUCAGAGAGUGGUGCACAUUGGAGAGCGGAUGUUUGUGUGUUCCGAGUGUCCGGAGAAGUUUCGGUAUCGAGGCGUGCUAUUGAGUCAUUUGAUCAAGGAGCAUGGGAUUGAUCGGAGAUUGGAGCUUCCCUGCAACAUGUGUGAUAAAAAGUUUGUGGGGUGUGGGAAGGUGCAAUCGAUGGCUUUCCACAUGUGGACCGUGCAUCAAGUGCGCGUACCAGCGCUGAAAUUAUUCACGUGUCCGACUUGCGGAAAGGAAUUUUAUUACAAGUCCAGAUUGCAAAUUCACCAGCGAUUGCACACGGGCGAGAAACCGUUCACGUGUCCAGUGUGUGCCAAGUCCUUCAGGUUGGGAUCGAAAAUGUUGAAGCAUGUGCGACGCAUGCAUAAGAAAAGUGCGGAUGAAGGAGAUAAAAGUCAGACCAAGUCCUCCAGCAAAGAUGCGGUGAACGAACUCAACACUGCAGGAACGUUGGUGGCUGGAGUCAAGAACGAGUUGGAAGAUAAACCGAAAUGA